AUGGCCGACCGCUAUUCGGCAAUCCCUGAGAAGCGCGGGGGCACACGCCGAAACCUAUUCGACGAGAUCUCGACCGCCUCGCCCGCCGCGGACGCCAAGGCGCGCUCCGCUCGCCCGCUCCUCGACAAGGAGAAUAGGCCUCUUCCGAACGCGAGCCGGCGGCACGGAGGCUCAAAGCGCCAGCUCAAGCAACUCAAGCAGCCAGGCGAGCGAAAGCUGCCCCCGGCCGAGCGGGCGCGCCCUGAGAAGAAGGCGGCGACGCAGCCCGCGCCGUCUGCGGCGGCGCCGUCGGCCACGGCGGCGGAGCAGCCUGCCGCCGUGUCGCUCGGCGGCGUCCCGCUUGGUACAAAGGCGCUGGCGCACGAGCCCGAUGCCGCGAGCCCGACGCUGCAGGAGUGCAUGCGGCGCCAUGACGCCUACCUUGCGCACGCGUCGGCGCGUCGCCAGCCCAGCGCGCUCAACGGAGCCAGCGCGUCUGCGCUGAGCGACCUCCUCCUCGGGCUGGACCUGAAGAGAGCAUGA